GAUUACGAGAGAUUAACAAACCAUCUUUUUGGUAACUACAAUCGUGAAAGACGUCCUGUUUUAUAUGACACGGAUGUCGUGGAUGUUGUUGUCAAAUUUAAUUUGAUAUCCAUCAAUGAAUUACAAGAAAUUGAACAAACUUUGGUUACGUAUGGUUAUAUUGGAUUGUUUUGGAACGACUACUUUCUCUCAUGGAAUUUUACUGAGUAUGAUAUAGAAUACUUGGUUGUUCAACAAAGCAAAGUAUGGAUACCUGACGUUGUCGUAGGAAAUUCUGUGAAGCAAACGAAUACUCUUGGAUUUAAAGAACAUCUCCUUCGUAUCACUUCGGAUGGCAAUGUUAUGUGGUACCCGACGAUGGUGUUCUCAAGCGCUUGUGAUGUAAGUAUCAGAUACUAUCCAUUUGAUACGCAAACUUGCAUCAUACAACUAGAAACCUCCACAUACCAAAACUCAGAAAUCACAUUUACGAUAGAGGAAGAGAUUGUAGACUUGUCUGAAUUCAGUCCAAAUGGAAAAUGGAAUUUAGUAUCAACCGCUGUUAAAAGGGGAAAUUCAAUCUACAAGGAUAUCGCCAACAUUCAAUUGACAAUGAAAAGAAGAUCGGCAUUUUAUGUCUUGAAUGUCAUACUACCUAUCAUUCUGUUGUCAUAUAUGGGAUCUUUGGUAUUUGUAUUACCAGCUGACUCUGGUGAGAAAAUGUCGUUGGCUGUCACAAUUCUCCUAGCCUAUGUGUUGUUUCUAACUUUAAUAUCGGACAACAUGCCACAAACAUCUUUACAGACAUCUAUAUUAGCUGUUUAUCUUAGCAUAUUGGUUGCAAUGAGUACAUCGUCUGUGGUAUUUACAUCUCUGGUCCUGCGUUUCUAUCAUAAAAGU